AUGGCUGCUGUUGCAUUAGGAAGGUUACUGAAGCCCUCGGUUGGCUGGACCGCGGUCUUCCCCUGGAGGGCGUGCGCAGCUGCCGGAAGACCCUUUACGACCGCGGCCGCAGCAGAUGGGCGGAAGCUUCGAGCCCGCGCGGCACCGCUUCUUCCUCGGCUUCGUUUCAGUACUAGUUCUUCAAGGUUUGUUCCUGCUGUCACCCAGCAUGCACCUUAUUUUAAGGGUACAGCUGUCGUUAAUGGGGAGUUCAAAGAGCUGAGCUUAGAUGACUUCAAAGGGAAAUAUCUGGUCCUUUUCUUCUACCCUUUAGAUUUCACUUUUGUAUGCCCUACAGAAAUAGUUGCUUUUAGUGACAAAGCUAAUGAAUUCCACGAUGUGAACUGUGAGGUUGUUGCUGUAUCAGUGGAUUCUCAUUUUUGUCACCUUGCCUGGAUAAAUACACCACGAAAGAGUGGUGGCUUGGGGAAUAUGAAUAUCCCACUUCUGUCUGACUUAACAAAACAGAUUUCCCGAGAUUAUGGUGUACUUUUGGAAGGACCUGGUCUUGCAUUAAGAGGUCUUUUUAUUAUUGAUCCCAAUGGAAUCGUCAAGCAUUUGAGCGUCAAUGAUCUCCCAGUUGGUCGCAGUGUAGAAGAAACACUUCGCUUGGUGAAGGCGUUCCAGUAUGUAGAAACUCACGGAGAAGUCUGCCCAGCAAAUUGGACUCCCCACUCUCCCACGAUCAAGCCAAGUCCAGAAGCAUCAAAGGAGUAUUUUGAGAAAGUAAAUUGAGGAGUUUCUUCAGAUCAGAAUCUAAUUUCCUAAGAGAGCAGUCAUGAUUGUAAUAAGUGCAAAAGUUAUUUUAAUAUUUGUUUUGAAAGAAUUAUCUAUUUUGAAGGGCUUUCCUCCCUUUCCCCUAGGGAUGACUAAUUCUUGCCCCAGAAAGAUUUAAGCAGGGCUCAUAAACCCUUGACUCUCCCUGUAUGGAACAGCAUACAAAGAGGCCUUCUCAUUAGAAAAUGUCUGAAAGAAAAUGAUGUCUUGUCCCAUAAUCAGUCAGGGAUGAAUUGAUGCUCUUGGAUCAGUCACAAAGGAGUAUACAGAAAAGUUGGUUGGCUUCUAAACAUAUAUAAAAGGAUCUCUACACAACAGCAUAACUUAAGAGGAAGAAGUAAAUUAAUGCUGAAAAUUAGUUUUUGUACUUACCCUCCAUGUGCUGAAAAUGGAUGACAGUCCAUUUCACAUAGGCUUUUAAAAGGCACAUAGGCUUUUAAAAGGUUCACUAAGUUGAAUUACUUAAACUUAGUUUAAUUUAAUUACUCCAUCCCCAUAUAUAAAACAUGUUACUUGGUCCAAGGCUUUGUUUCAUGUCCUAUGCAUGUUGAACUUAAGAGAGUAUUCCCUACUCACCUGAUCUGUCCCUGGCUUCCCCCCGCCCUGCCCAUGGCCUGUGUGGGUGUGACAUACUCACAUGCAGAAUAUGCAGUACUUGUUGGCACAAGAUCACCCAACAUGUUUGACAAAUGGGUUGUGUGUACACAUGCAUGAACCCAAGACCCCAAUACAAGCAGAACCAACACACUGUGCCACUAUGGGAAUUGGCCUUAAGUGAGAGUAAUAAACACCUGGCAUCUGUAAUUAACAUGCUAUGUAGGUGCUAAAUAUGUUGAAACACAUAAUAGAGAAAAAUGAAGGAUUAAUGCAUUUACUAUACAAUAAAGAAGGUGAGUUGUGAACCAAACCUAUUUGGCAGUGAGUCCCAUGUACUUUUGGAUAUUCUGUUAAUCAAUUUUUUUUAUUGCUGCUUUGGAUGCAGACUUUCAAAUAUUGUACUUUGGGGUAUUUGUAAUUAUGUAGAAGAUUGAGUCUGUGUGACUUAAGAGCUUAUUUCCAAAUGUUUUUGAAUAUCUGUAUUAAAGUAUGCAACUAUGAAUAAAAAGCUUCAGGAAAAAAAUG